UAUUCUUCUCUAACAAUAUCCAUUCUCCACAAGCUCUCUUUUGUAUUAUUAUUCAUUUACUACAGUGUAAAAUAUGAGCACCAUUUGUGCAGAGCACAAGUUCCAACUUCAACCCUCUCACCAGCUUCUCUCCCUCAAAAAAUCCCUCAGAGACCUUGACAUCCCGCCAAGGAAGCUUCUCACACGCCGCUCCGCAGCGGACAUGUUUUCCGACGACAUCCUCCUGCAAAAGUACCUCCACCACACCAAAUCCAUGGACUCCGACGACUCUGAUGACGUCGGAGACCCUUAUUCCUCCGACGAAUUCCGCAUGUUCGAGUUCAAGGUUCGUCGCUGCACUCGUAGCCGGAGCCAUGACUGGACAGACUGCCCUUUUGCACACCCCGGCGAGAAGGCUCGCCGCCGCGACCCUCGCCGGUUUCAUUACUCCGGGACGGUGUGUCCGGAGUAUCGGCGCGGGCAGUGCAGCAGCGGCGAUGCAUGUGAGUUCUCUCAUGGUGUGUUCGAGUGCUGGUUGCACCCUUCAAGGUAUAGAACCGAGGCUUGCAAGGAUGGGAAGAAUUGCAAGCGAAAAGUUUGCUUUUUCGCUCACACCCCUCGCCAACUGAGGGUUUUGCCUCCCCAAGACAGCAACAAGAAGAAAAAGUGCAGCAAUAUGAUGAGUCCUCAUAAUAAUCAUAAUAAUAACAACAAUAACAGUAACCAUUGUUGUUUGUUUUGUCAUUGUUCAUCUACCUGUUCACCAACUUCUACCUUGUUUGGCAUGUCUCAUUUUUCUCCUCCUUUAUCACCCUCUUCCUCUUCCUCUGAGCCUGGCCACCGUCAUGGUGUGGUGAGCUACAAGGAUGUGUUGUCUGAGCUUAUGUGCUCCAUGGAGGCUUUGAAUUUUGGUGAGGCUUCAUCUGUGUCUGCUUCCAAGCCUCACACUCUGUCUUGGCUUGAUGUCUCUGAGGAUCAUAAACAGUUCAAUGUUCAUUCACCAACCAUGGCUACUUGUCAAAGCUUUUCCAUGAAUAGAAAUGGAAGAUUUUUUAGGGAAGAAAGUGGUGGGGUUGUUGAUGAUGUCAUUGCCCCAGAUCUCGCGUGGGUUAAUGACUUGCUGAUGUAGGUUAUUAUUAAUACGUCUUGAAGAUGAUGACAAAAGGUGCAUGGUGGGAUUUGUGACGAGGAUUUACCAAGUGUAAAUACAUGUCAGAGCAAGCAACAUAUCCUUGGCUUCUAUUGUUGUUAUUAUUAAUUAUUGUUUCGAGUACUUUCAUUGCUUUCUGAAUUUUGUUUAAGGUUGUCAAAAUUAGUUCUGUAAUUUUUCUGUCCAUUGUAACUUGAUUUCAUCUUUUGUUCUGUUUUUGGAUUUUUCGUUGGCUUAAUUAUCUUAGCACCACUGUGAUAAUUACGUGCCAUGAAUAAUGAUUUAUAAUUUUUUUGUCUGUUGUGUUGUGGUGCCAAAGCAAAUUCAUCGUAUGCUUACACAUGUCGAGCAUGCAAUGUUUACCGUGACAAAAUUUAAGAUAUUCUGGAAAA